AUGGUGGCUCAGACUUGCAAGGAGCUACAAGAAACCAACAACAGACAACAAAGUGAGAUCAAUACUUUACAUUCGAAAGUAAACAAUCUAGCCUUACAACUCAGUACUAUGUCGACCAAAGAUGAUCUUCAGCCGAUGAAGAUUGGAUGGGUACCAGUAUGCAAGCUCUUAAGGCAGAUAUUGAAAAAAGUAUUGAAAAGAAUAUUCAAAUCAGUUAGAUUUUUUUUUUCUAAUCGAGAUCUAAACAAAAAUCAAGAUGCUUCAAGUUCAAAUACAGGUGGAUUUCAUUCUAAUUUUCACUCUGGUGGUCAUGAUUCUAGUCAAUUUUAUCGCAUGCCUAAGCUGGAUUUUCCUAGAUUUAAUGGUGAUAAUCCAAAGAGCUGGAUCCAAAAGUGUGAAUACUAUUUCCAGAUGCAUAACAUCAAUGAGCCACAAAAGACAUGGAUGGCAGCAAUACAUCUUGAUAGUAAGGCCAAUAAAUGGUAUGAUAACUUUUGUCUUACUAAAACUGAUAUUACUUGGCCAUAUUUCUGUAAUAAUGUGUGUGCAAGAUUCGAAAACCUUGUACAGGACAACAUAGUUGGAUUAUUCAAUAAAUUAGCUAAGCUUACUACUGUUGAUUCUUAUUUUGAAGAAUUUGAGUAUUACAAGGCCCUAUUAUUGGGUAUUCAUCAUGAUUUUCCUGAGUAUUAUUUCAUUGCUAGCUUUAUUGGUGGGUUGAAAGAGGAGCUAAGAAGCUCAGUUCUUAUGUUUGAUCCCAAAACAUUCCUUCAUGCCUUUUCACUUGCUAGAAUGCAAGAAAAAACCCUUGUCAUACAACAAAAGGUACAUGCAAGGAAAGCACAAGGGUUAUGCUUCAACUGUGAUGAAACUUAUAAGAGAGGCCAUAUUUGUAAAAAGCAAUAUUUACGUGUCCUUAUUGGGGAGGAAGCUGAAGAAAUUUAUGACACUGGUGGUGAUACUUCACAUGAAACUGAUGAGGAGCCUGCAUUGGAAAGUGAUAUGGAAAUAUUCUUACAUGCCUUGACUGGUAAUGUCUCAGGAGACACUAUCAGAAUUCCUGGUUUUAUUAAGAAGAAGGCCAUUUCCAUAUUGAUUGAUACUGGUAGCACCCACAGCUUUAUAGAUUCUGCUUUAGCUGCUAGCUGGAAUGGACUAUGCAAGGUCACAAGUUGUGGUGAUUUGAGACUACUACCUUUAGGUGGGUGUGACAUUGUUUUCGGUGCAGAUUGGUUAAGGAACUUGGGAGAUGUCCUUUUCAACUUAUCCAAAUUAUGCAUUACCUUCAAACACAAGGGUCAAUUAUUCUCAAUCACAAGCUCACCUGUCCCACUCACUACCCCACCACCCAUUAAAAAUUUACUGAAUGAAUUUUCUGAUAUGUUCAAUGAUAAGAAAACCCUUCCAUCUGAGAGAAAUUUGGAUCACCAAAUCCCCCUCAAGCCUAAGUCUGCACCAGUGAAUCUCAGACCUUAUAGAAGUCCUUAUAUCCAAAAAUCCAUUGUUGAAAACUUGGUGAAAGAAAUGCUCCAUUCUGGCAUCAUACAACCAAGUCACAGUCCCUUUGCCUCUCCCAUUUUACUUGUCAAGAAGAAGGACAACACUUGGAGAUUUUGUGUUGAUUACAGAAAAUUGAACAACAUCACCAUUAAAUAUAAAUUCCCAAUACCUAUUAUUGAUGAGCUGUUGGAUGAAUUGCAUGGCUCUAAAUUCUUUAUUAAGAUUGACUUAAAGUCUGGUUACCACCAAAUCAUAGUUUCUCCUUCUGACAUUCACAAGACAGCUUUCAGAACUCAUCAUGGGAAUUUUGAAUUCAAGGUUAUGCCAUUUGGCCUUACUAAUCCCCCAGCAACCAUUCAAGCUCUCAUGAAUGAUAUAUUCAAAGAUCAUCUCAGGAAGUUCAUUCUUGUCUUCUUUGAUGACAUUUUGGUCUAUAGUCCUUCCUUGGAGGAUCACUUACUUCACUUACAAACAACUUUGGAGCUCCUCAGAAGACACCAGCUAACAACAAAUUUAUCCAAAUGCUCUUUUUGCCAAUCUGAAAUUGAGUAUCUAGGACACCUUAUUACUGGAAAUGGAGUUAUGGCUGACCCUGCAAAGAUAUCUGCCAUGGUGGAAUUGCCUACUAGUAGAUCUCUCAGCCUUGUGAAGAACUCAGUGAAUAUUUUCUUUCGUGUUUAUCUUCUCAUGCGUAGGAUGGAAACUUGCACACUCUCUUCACGUUUAAUAUUUGUUUCGGCAGAAGUAAAACUCACUGAAACUCUUAUCGAUCCUGUUUACCCAUAA